AUUGUGCUUACGUUAGCAACCACUCUCGGCCGCGAUGGUCUAGCAGCCACGGCGGCGCGCGACGGGCCCUGCUUCAACCUGCGGAACGACUCUGCGGAACGACUCCUGAAGCGAGCUACCCUUACCCUCUGUAUCACCAUGGCCCACGCAGGCAUCAAAACCGUCAUCCUCCUAUCGUUCGUGCUUGCUGUGGGCUUCCUACUCAUCAUCCUCUCCUGCGCGUUGUGGGCGAACUGGCUUCCUCUACUUGUCGCAUUAACAUUUGUACUCGCACCUCUACCCAACGCGCUGUCGGCGAGCUGCGGAGGCGACGAGUUCUCUGCAGACUAUGAUGGCCCAGGACGGGGUGACCUGGCACGCUUCAUAACCUCUAUCAUCGUAGUGACGGGGUUCGCCUUCCCUCUCGUCCUCGCCCACUCCGACGUAAUCCGCCCGGGAGCAUGCGCCAUGUCGAUCAUUGGGGGAGGGCUGGUCUACGGUACUAUUCUAGCAUACAGUGCUGCGUUCAGACAGGAAGACUCCGAUUUCGAUUGAUAUCCGGUCCAUUUCUUGCUACCGCCUCGGGGUCGCAGUACAUAAGGACUGUUGUAAGCCCUCCUGUACACUAUCCUACACCGUCCUGUCUUCUUGUUCCGUGCGGUGUACACUGGCUAGUACACGUAAUAACGGGAGAUGUUCCGCAAGUU